AUGUGUGACAGGAGUGACAACAGUGAAUCAACCUCUUCUUCUUUUCAACUUCAAGGAUUGGCACAAUGCAUCCUCUACCACGCCUCGCCAGCCGACUUCCCCUCCCAGGGGUCGCGACGCUGCUUCGCCCGCUCAGACUCCGAAACAUGGCUACCGCGUCACCUACAAGGGCCCCACGAAGAGUCCAAGCCCGAUCACCGUCAAAAGCUUUCUUUGCAGCUCCCUCUGAACCCACGAGACACCGACACCCUCAUCAUUCAAAACGAUACUCCCUCUGACACAGAAUGGGCCCUCCUGGGCCUUCACUUUCUCCUGAUUCGCAACCUUGAGAUACAUACAGGCUCCGCUUCCGGAACUAUCACUCAAACCCCAUUCAUCCGCCAGGGACGCGUCUCUCAUCUGAUCCUCGACUACACCAGCGGCCUCCGUUUCGAGGGUCCAGACAAUCAGGAGCUGCAAGAUAGACACAAGGAGGCUAUUGCCCGUGGGGAGGCCGAGUCGGAAUAUAUUACGGUACACAAGGGCACUCCUGAAGAGAGGAAGGUUGAGAUUGUCUUCCUUCCUCUGUUAGCCAUGGCCUGGUUGGACGCGAAAUACGGAGGGCCAAACUUCAACGAGCUCGACCCAGACAACGCACCACCGACGCAGCACGAGGUCAACCUUCAAACGCUGGAGAUCGUCGAGAACGAUGCUAUGUGCACUUUUGCCCGCAUGACCCUGGCCCUGCCGCAUGUUGUCCGGAACACCUCCGCGCUGCACCUCAGCUCCACGAACGGUUGUUGCGAGUUUCAGCAAACCAACGAGAAGAUGUUUGUGCAGUUUUUACCACAGAUGGAAAACCUGAGGACAUUGCAACUCUCGGUCGGGGAGGUGUUCCGUGAUGAGUCCCACCUACACGCCUUAUACAGGCUGUUCCCGCGGACUCUAACGACGUUGCGCCUGCGCGGGCCGGCGAUGCUGACGCAGAGUGAUCGCUGGAAGGAGUGGGAGGAGGCAUUCGCAUCGAGAACCUUUCUACCAGAGUUGAAGAGGUUGUCGAUUCAGAUGGAUCUUUGUUACAAGAAUAGAGACAGUGGAUCGGCCGGUUGGCCUCUAAAAGAGUGGACUGAGCUCCCAGAAGAAAUACGCCUCGCCGCAAACGCCGCGUGUGAGCGACUCGGCGCCCUUGCUCGCAGCCGAGGGGUCAAUGUAGAGGAGAUGGAAGAUUGGGAGAGACUCCGGGGGGGAGUUCCGACUCCCGCGGGAAGCAGCAGGAUUCAGGGGGCGGUGUUCAACCACGGGCUCGGUUGUGCUUACAUUGCUUAUGCUGUCGCUGCUUACUAGAUGUUGUUGACGGUUGUUGGGAGAUGUGUAGGAUUAGAUGAAGGAAAGAAUGAUACCCCACUCUUGAUUUGUCGCAGUUCCGUUGUUCAGGGUCAAAGAACCUAGGGAUCAGUA